UCUUAAUACUCGGUGCUGGCUAACUACUAGCAGUAAGGGUUUUUUAUUGGUUGCCAAUGUGGUCGACUCUUUCCGCCUCUUUCUUCUACUAUUUCCUAAUAUAACUGGUAGUUAUUACGUACUAAACAAGAAUAUGCAGUGCCUCUCCUUCAAAUCAUCGCCCCGGAGCCCCACCUCGCCUCCAACUCAAACUCAAACUCAAACUCAAACAAUCGAUCCCAAUUCUCUUCCCCCACUUUCCCAAGGGAAUUCGACUGACGGAACGCCCAGAUCCAGCACCACUCAGCUCUCGCCCACCACAUUCAAUCUCAGUGACGAGUAUACUCUUACUGUGCAGACCAAUUCUUACAAUGAGAUACGCUCUAGGAUUGAAGAGCAAUUGCAAGUUGAGAAUGUUAUUGAAAACGGGGAUACGGAUACCCAUCAGCUGCGCUUGUCGCAGGUGCUGCAGCCCAACAGAGAUUGCGUCCAUCAAGCUCUUCGCCACACCAACCCCAAAGCUACUCUCACUCGUUUGGUUUCUACCUACUUUGAUCACAGCGAAAAUAUCACCGCUCUCUGCCUCUUGCUCUACCAAUGCAUAUAUCGUGCUCGUACCCUCUAUGCUCCUAUUACUGACCUUCUUGAACUAUUCCCAUAUGACCUAAAUUCCAUCACUCAAUCGCAGUGUAACUGGGCAUUCGAUAUUUUCCUCCAAUUCGAUAGCCUUGACAAUCCUUUUCCUUGUCCUGACUCCCAUAACUUCAACGAAAUGCGGCGUAGUUUCUCCCAGCUCAAGGAGCAGCUUGAUCACCGCCUCCUCAAAUCCCGUUCUAGAGUUCACUUCCUCCACCGCGCAACUACUAACUCUGCCAUUUGCCUAAUUGGCACUGUUGUUGGAGUUGUUGUGUCAGCCGUGGUUAUCUCCACUCAUGCCCUUGGUGCCAUUGUAGGCCUUGUAGCUACCCCACUUUGUCCCGUUUAUGUUCCAAGUGAUCUCAAGAAGAAACAGCUUGUUCAUAUGGCUCAACUUGAUGCUGCUGCCCAGGGAACUUAUGUCCAUAACAAUGAUCUUGACACCAUUGACCGCCUUAUUGCCUUGUUGUAUACUGCAGUUGAAGGCGACAGGCAGCUUAUACGAUUUGGAUUGGAGAGGGAUAGGGACAUAUACCCCAUCCAUGAAGUCGUGAAACAUCUGCGCAAUAGCCACAGCAAUUUUUUUGACCAGCUCAAAGAACUUGAGGAACAUAUAUGCUUAUGCUUUAAUGCUGUCAAUAAAUUCAGAGCUAAGCUCCUCAACCAGAUCCAUCUUCAUCAAUCUUCUAAUUCAUGAUCAUUUGGUAGCUUUUU